ACAUGAAAGUUAUCAAGUUACGAAAAGGAAAAUGUUACUAAUUUUAGUAACUAAUAACAGCCGUGAGCUCUCCGUUUCUGCAUAUUUGCCGCCGUCAUCCAAAUAAUCAACAGGCACAGUACUCUAACGUGUUUACAGUUUUCGCUAUUUGCUUUGAACCAUAUUCGUUAUUGUUUUCGUAAAAUAUACCUGCAAAUUCAUAUAACUUUAGCAAGGUACUUAUUUAAAAUUAUAAGCGAGAAUAUACCUUUAAAUUAUGGAUAAUGCACCACAACGUUUGGUGCCACAUAGUCCAUUACUGCAUGCUGCCACCAGCUGCAGCAACCCCGCUGCUGAUAAUUGGCGCGCUAAUUCCAAGGCGGACAAUAAUAGGUCGGUUGAAGUAAAUCGUAUGUUUGAAAAGAAAUUCCACUAUCAAAAGAAUGAUGAAAACAAUUGGGAGUUACCUGCACCUACAGAAUUGCUCAGAGAAUUUUAUCAGUUUGAACCGUUGCAGCAAUUAAAACCUAAAUUAAAUGGCGUGAAAUGUAAAUUAAAUGAUUAUGCACUUGAAGAUUGGAGCCUGCAUACGAGACGCCAAGAUCCUUCUAAUGAGAUUCCAUGGCGUCUUAAAAAUGAAACUAAAGCGGAAUUUGUUACGAUAGCUUGGUGUAAAUUUUUCGAAUGUCUGCAUUCGUAUCCACUUGUGAAAGGGCCCCACCUAAAUUCGUUGCACCUGUGCGAAUUGCCGGGAGCUUUCAUUGCUGCUUUAAACCACUAUUUGUACUCCACAUACAAAAGAGAUGAGAUACAAUGGCGCUGGCUAUCUACUACGCUCAAUCCAUAUUAUGAAGGUAACCCUUCCAGUGCCAUGAUUUCAGACGACCGAUUCAUGUUUUAUACUUUUGACAAUUGGCUAAUGCAUGACGAUUUUUCUGGCAAUAUAAUCAGUCGGGAGCAUAUUGAACAAAUGCAGGAGCAAUGCACACAACGCUUAGAAGGCAAUGUACAACUAAUUACGGCUGAUGGAUCAAUCGAUUGUGUUGAUGCUCCUGAUUGUCAAGAAGAAGUAGUUGCUUCUCUUCAUUUUGCUGAAAUCACUACAGCCUUAAAUAUAUUAGCCGAAGGUGGAUGUUUUGUAGUGAAAAUGUUUACGCUCUUCGAGUCUACAAAUGUAAGCAAAAUUUUUUUGCUAAACUGCGUGUUUGAUGAGGUCCACGUUUUUAAGCCUGCCACUUCAAAGCGUGGUAACUCGGAGGUCUACAUAGUUUGUAUUGGGUACAGGAAGCAAACUAAGUACUUACCGGAGACUUUGCAAUUGAUGAAGGAAAAUGUCGAAUGUGCAAAUAUAUUUCCACUUUUCCCCAAAUCUUAUUUGCCAAAAGAAUUCUUGCGCCAACACGAAUUAUGCGCACGCCGCUUUAUGGAUUUGCAGAUUCAAGCUAUCGAAUCCAACAUCCAGGCAUAUGAGGUAAAACCUACGCGUCGUCAGAUUAACCACAAGCAACAUCUGCGCACAGCUAUCGCUAAUGAAUUCUACAGCCGGUACAAAGUAUGCAGUAUUGCAGAAAGUGAUAAAAUUUUAUAUGGUUGUUCAAAAGCAGAUGAAAAUUUUAAGUCAGCACCUUUCUGUAAAGGUUCAUAUUCAGAACGCGAAAUGGCGAAAGAUACAACAAUAGAGGAGCGAAUUUUUGGUUUUCAUCGCAUAAUAAAUAAUUUAGAAAAGUUGUUGGACAAUAAUUGUGGUGUUGAGUAUCGAGAAGAGUGUGCCGCUAAAACAUCGUCAGCAUCUGGGCUUUGCAUUUAUCGUGGUGCUCCUUUCUCGGAACUACAAAGCAGUCUAUUUGCACAUGCUUAUGUAAUGCAACUGCACCAAAGGCUUAAAGAAGUGUUAUGCCGAGAUCCUAUUUACAUGAUGAUCCCAGUUUGCAAUGUAGACGGCAGGGAUAUCCCAUUGGGCGACAGUACGGCUAGUAGUUUUUCCCUAAUACGCCGAGAAUUCUUUCUAGAAUUGUUAGAUACUAUUUCCGAAAAACCAUGUCGGCGAAUUAUUUUGUCAAAUUUUGCUUUUCUAACACACUUAUCAGUAUCCAUAUUACGCUUUCUAGCAUUGCACAUUUUUGAGCAACUAGUGAUUUGUGUAGAGCCUCAUUUUCAGAUAGAACUACUUACUAAAAGUGAAGAAUAUACACAUAAUCAAAUAUCAAUUUUGAAAGAGGUGCGGACUUUAAUUUCGGAUCCGAAUAUUUUAUGCAUUAUGCACAUUACAGAAUUGCAUCGUAACGAAUUUGCCAUUGCACUCAAUGACUAUAAUAACCAACUCUUAAUGAAGAACUUCAAAUUAGCUUUAAAUAACUAAAAAUACCUGCUAACUAUUAAAUGUUUUUUUUUUACUAAAUUUGGAUUAAAAUAAAAUAUACUAGCGUCAAUCUUGUUCAAGCA